AUGUCGAAUAGCGCAUUCACCCACGACACCCGGAAUGGCAACCUGGCCGCCCCCCGAGACUCCCUAGAACUCGCCUCGCUCGCGUCCUCCUCGGCCGUCUCUGUCCCAGGGUCCUCGCGCUCCUCCUCCCCCGAUGGAAUAUCCUCCUCGCGCAAACUCUCCCUCGAAGAUGAGGAUCCCCUCGCCGGCGAAGAACGGGACUUUUACCUAGAAACAGGCCGCCAACGCCCUUUACGCUCCUACUCGGUCUCGUCCGCCUUUGAUUUUGGCCGGAACUUGUUCCCUUUGUCGCAAACGCAAGCUGGAUAUGCUCCGCUCGGAACAUCGUCGGCGCUGGAUCGACAAGGAGCGGACGGUUCGUUGGAACGGAAUAAGACCUUGACAUAUUUGAAUGGCCUGUCUCUGAUUGUCGGGUUGAUUAUUGGAUCGGGCAUUUUCUCUUCGCCUAGUCAGGUCAAUGCGAACGCAGGGUCGCCCGGUGCGGCGCUCAUCGUGUGGGCUGUGGCGGGUCUGUUGGCGUGGACUGGAGCUGCGAGCUAUGCCGAGCUGGGAGGCGCCCUUCCUCUGAAUGGAGGUGCUCAGGUUUAUCUGUCCAAGAUCUUUGGCGAGCUGCCGGGCUUCCUCUUCACGUGGUGCGCGGUGCUGGUCUUAAAACCCGGGUCCGCGGCGAUUAUCUCGAUUAUCUUUGGCGAGUAUAUUGUGCGUGCAUUUGUGGGUGCCGAUGUGGAACAUGUCAAUCCAUGGAUUAAUAAGGGCGUUGCGCUGGGCGGGUUGCUGACCGUCACUCUGUUCAACUGCAUUUCUACUAAGAUUGCGACUCGAAUUGGUGAUCUCUUUAUGUUUUUCAAGUUUGUCGCCUUGCUUGGUGUUACGAUUACCGGUAUCGUGGUCGCUGUGACUGGCCUUUCGUCCAAGGGAAGUGCCAACCAGGAAUGGAAGACCCAUGGCUGGUUCGAGGGGACGAAUACGGAGAUCUCGGACUUUGCCGUGGCUCUGUAUGCAGGGCUAUGGGCUUUUGACGGAUGGGACAAUACAAACUAUGUCACUGGCGAAUUCAAGAAUCCCAGUCGGGAUCUGCCACGAGUAAUCCAUACAGCAAUGCCGUUGGUCAUUCUAUGCUAUCUCAUGGCCAACGUCUCCUACUUCCUGGUCCUCCCCCACGAAACCAUCGAAGCAAGCAACACCAUUGCCGUCCAAUUCGGCGGCAAAGUAUUCGGCCCCGUCGGCGCUCUGAUUCUCGCCCUCGUCCGGCCGUCUCGUCUACGCCGCUGCCAAAGAAGGCUACCUCCCUCACUCUUCGGCCGCAUCGGCCUAGGCAAUUCCUCUUCUCCAGCUCCCCCAGCCGCAAGCCGUCUUCGCCGACGAUCAUGGGCAAGCCGAUCCUUGUCACGAGUCUUUGGCGACGAAUCUCGCCUCGGCUUCACCCCCAUCAACGCUAUGGCAUUCAACACCGCCCUGACCAUGGUCUACAUCGGCGUCGGCGAGUUCAGCACCCUAGUGACAUUCUACGGCGUCGCAGGCUACACAUUCUACUUCAUCACCGUGCUAGGCCUAAUUGUCCUACGCAUUCGCGAGCCACACCUCGAACGCCCAUAUCGCACAUGGAUCACCACGCCAAUUAUCUUCUGCUGCGUGAGUUUGUUCCUCCUCAGCCGCGCCGUUAUCGCAGAGCCCCUCCAGACUCUGAUCGUUGUGGGCUUUAUCAUCACUGGUAUUCCGGUAUACUACUGGCGUAUCUACCAGCGAGAUGGGUCCACGGGUAUCUCGGGCUGGAAAUUCUGGAAAUGGCGCUCGCGGUAG